UUAAACUGUGUGUGUGUGUGUGUGUGUGUGUGUGUGUGUGUGUGUGUGUGUGACGUGCUACGGGGAGAAAUUAAUUCUAUGCACGUUUAAUAAUUUUGUGAUCCCUAGCCUAAGCCAUAAACUAGUUGAAUUUUGAAUACAAAAAGAAAUGUGCGUUUUUUGCAAGGAUUGCAGCUAUAGAUUUAGGCUCUUAUCUCUCAUGUUCUUCAUUGGAGGAUAAUACUUCAUGCCGCGACAACAUAAUUUUUAAACGAUAAUCGAAUAACUAGUUUGCUAAAAAAUUUUAGAAGACGUGCUCAGAUAAUGAAGUUACAUUUACGUCCAGUAGCAACACAAGGGACCACCACAGCAUUUGCUCAAAGGGUCAUGGAAACUGGGCGAUAAACCUGAUCGAGGUGGGGUCUUUGCCCUAACAAGCAGGCCACGCACCGCGCGCGAUAUUUUCUUUCCAUUCCUUGCCCUAUCCUCACCCCUUACUCACAUGCAAUACACUACCACACAUGCCGUGAGACUGGUCGGGAGCUUAGAGCUUGUACGGGCUGGUGAGAUAUUGCUAGGUGGGGGAUACUCCGACGGUAUGUCGGCGCCGGAUCUCUUUAUCC